UGGGUGCAGGCUGAAACCAUCGAUCACUCGCCCCAGCUAGCACAGUAGUAGUAUAAAUAUAAUAUUUACUGAUUGUGGGUAGUAGGAUGAGCAACCAAACAAGCCAUUACAAUGUUCUUGUGCAGCACUUUUGCCAAAACCCAGGAAUUGACAAGUACGCUGCUAACCUCACGCGCAGCUUCAGCGAUGAGAGCAAUGAGGUGUCCAUGGUGGCGGCCUCCGUGAUCAUGCUCCUCCUCGUCGGCGUCUUCUUCAACCUCAACCUCUUCAGCCGCUUCUCGGAUGUGAGCGCCAUCCUGGACCCUAAAGUCCGCAUCCUCAUCUCCUCGGCACUCUCGCUCUUCCUCCCAGUCAUGUCUUACCUCUUCUCGGAAGCCAAGAAUAAUGUGAAGAAGAAGUCCGACGACGACCUGUCUCUGGGCGCCGGCGUGAUACUGGUGUGGAUGCUCCUGGUGGAGCUGCUCCGCAAGAAGGUGGACGAGAUCCACAUGCGCGGGUACUCGAGCACAAUCCAGCGCGCUGGGCGCGUCAUCUGGUUGGGGAGCCUCGUCUUCUUCAGCUUCCAGAGCGCUGGCCGGAAGGCUGUGUUCGGCAUCCUCUGGAUCCUCUGCGCCGCCAAGGUGGUGCAGAGGAUAGCCUUUACGGAGGUUGGCAAGCGGUCGUAUGCCCACGGCAAGAACGCCCGGCUCAUCACCUCCUACAUGUCUCGCCGGAGGGCGCGGCGGCGAGAGGCGCAGGAGGAGAAGCAGGAGCACGUCGUCGUCGGAGUCCGAGACGUCGUCGUCACCGGAGUCGGAGACGACCUGCUGAGGGCGUCCGACUUCAUCGUGAUGGGAGAACAGGAUCUCAUCCUGGAAGCCACUGCCGAUGGGUACAAGCUCAUGGACGUGGCCGCUGCUGCUAGGGCUGUCACCGUCGGUAAAAUCUGGCGUGUUCUGAGCAGCAGCGGCGACAUCGACCCAGACCAACGGCUGAGGCGGCUCUGCCUCUCGUUCGCGCUUUUCAAGCUGCUGCGGCGGAGGUUCGACCACCUGCCGGUGACGGAGGAGGAGACCCAGGACUGCCGUGACCUCAUCUUCAACGGGGUGUACAACGGUAAGGAGGAGAAUGUGGACGCGGUGUUCCAGAUGGUGACCACGGAGGUCAACUUCCUGAGCGAGUACUACCACUCCGUCAUACCUGUCGUCUUCGCCAGCCCAUUCUUCUUCCUCGCCAACUACCUGCUGCUCCCCGUCGUGGUGCUUGGCCUGUGCCUCAUGACCGUCGUCCUCUGCGGCAACGGCAGCGCGCGCUACGCCUUCCGCAGCAUCGGCCAAGACAACUUCGCCAUCUCAGCAGGUCUGUUGAGCACGACAGCCUGCCUCCUCCUCAAAUCCUCCACGUCGCCGGACGCCUUCUUCACGACCAUCGACUUCUUCGUCACCUUCCUCCUCUUCAUCAUCUUCUUGUACGAGGAGAUCUGGGAGUUCGUCGUCUUCCUCCUCUCCAACUGGUUCAUGGUGUCGCUGCUGUGCAGCUACGUGGGCAGGCCACAGUGGCUGAGCAGCCCCACGUUCGGUGGCAUCGUCCGGCGCAUCCUGUGGGUGCGGAGCAAGAUGAGCCAACCGGACCUCAGCUUCAAGCAGUUCUCCGCCCUCAACACUCGCUGGCCGCUCGCCGUCGGGAUGCCGUCCAUCCUGUCCAACCUGCUGCGGACGGCACCGGUGCCAAACAAAGCCAAGCACUCCAUCAUGGAGUGCCUCGUGAAGCAUAGCCGCGGCCUCGGCGGCGCCCGUCCGCCGCCGCCACUUAGCAACGGCCAGGCCGUCCUUGUUGAGCGCCAGGAACGGCGCCGGCCGGAGCUGCUGGCCGAGCUCCGGCCGGCGUGCGACAGCGACAGCGUUGCCGAGGUCAUCCUCACAUGGCACAUCGCCACCAGCCUCCUCGAGGACAAGGAGGGCAAGGACGACGACGGCAGAGUAGUGGCGACGAGGCUGUCCAGGUACUGCGCCUACCUCGUUGCCUUCCACCAGGAGCUCCUCCCCGACAACCCAGACAAGACGGAGAAAGUCUUUGAGGGCAUGAAGGCGGAGCUCAAGGCCAAGCUCAACUGCGGCGGCUACUACUUGUCGCGCUGGCGUGCGAGGCUCCAAGUCAUCGCCGGCGGCACGGCGGGCAGCAUGGCGUCGGCGCAGUGGAAAGACAAGCAGGUGGUGCACAACGGUGCCAAGCUCGCACAUCUGCUGAGGGAGUAUUGUGAUUGUGACGACAGCCAUCCGGAGAGAACCUGCUGCUGGAAGCUAUUGGCUGACUUUUGGACGGAGCUCAUCGUCUACAUUGCCCCCUCCAACGACGUGGAGCGCGUCAUGGGCCAUGAGAAGGUGCUAGUGGACCCAGGCGAGUUCAUCACCGCGCUAUGGACUCUCACUACUCACACCGGCAUAACCAGACCCAGCACUGCUUCUGCUUCCAUCUGAUCCAUCUAUAUAUAUAUAUAUAUAUAUAUAUAUAUAUAUAAUAGUGCGUGCUUCUAUCACUGCAUCAGUAUGUGACCAGUGUUGUGCAUCUUUCUAGCUACCUAAUAAUAUGUUUUGCAUGCGCCGCUGCGACUGCGAGUCUGCGUCUGUCUGUUGAGCUAUAUAUAUAUAUAUUAUAUAAUAUAUGGUGUGUGCUCUUUUUUUUUUGGCC